AUGGAGAAAUCACUGAAAGACUCUAGCGACCUUACAGAGUUGAGAAUACUUGAGAGCGGACCAGACAACAUCUCGUUUUCUCCCGGUUCUCCAGGAACAGAAACGCUAAGAAGCUGUAGCGGUAUGCUGCGAACUGCAACUCUAGACUUGCUGACUCAAGAUGCUGAUGUAGACUCUGUUUUUAAGUAUGGACCUGUAGGGGGACACAAGAAGAUAUUACAUCGGCUAUCGGAGUUUCUUACUGAGGAGUAUGGCAGCACUGUGGACUGCUCAGAUCUGAUGCUGACUGCUGGAGCCACACAAGGCCUACACAUGAUUCUCUCCCUUCUGUGUCAACAGUCCUGCCCUGUGUUCAUCGAAGAUCCCAGCUACUUCUAUGGUUUCCGGAUGAUCCGAGAUGAUCUUUGCAUGAACCUGGUUCCUGUUCCCAGUGAUGAGUCGGGUAUAAACACAGACAUCUUAGAGAAGCUGCUGACGACCUACAAGCCUGCAGACAAUACAGACUUCUCAGACAAGAGAUAUUGGGCUGUAGUGUACUUAAUACCAGUCUUUGGUAACCCAACCGGUUACACAUACUCUGAAGAACGUUGCGAGAAACUGAUCCAGAUGGCUAGAAGACAUGACGUCCUGAUUGUGGCGGAGGAUGUGUACAACCUUCUCUACUUUACUGACACAUCAUCUGCUCCUCCGAGACUGAUUUCCUUUGACAAGAAGACCGAUCCAGACUAUGGAAGAGGCCAUGUCAUUUCUAACGGAACUUUUUCCAAAAUAUUUGCGCCUAGUCUGCGUCUUGGAUGGAUAGAAGGUCCUGUUCAUUUGAUUUCAUAUUUAACAUUAAGUAAUCUGUCCUACAGUGGAGGCUGCUUCAACCAGUAUGCUUCAAAACUGAUGGAAUGUGUCCUGAGAUCUGGAGCCCUCCAGCAGCACGUCAGUUGGCUAAGGAAAACAUACAAGAAAAGAAUGGAUGCUUUGUUUGCUGUGUUAGAUGAAUCUUCCUCGGAAGGAUUAUCCUUUCAUCGGCCAGAGGGAGGAUUUUUCUUAUGGUUAAAGUUGAGACCAGAUGUCGACGCCUUUGAGUUUCUCCGAUUUGCUGCCAAGAAUUUCGGAGUCAGCUUCCUUCCUGGCAUAUGUUCAUCACCCACUGGAUCCUUCAGGAACUGGGCUCGCCUGUCGAUUAGCAGCAACAGCACAGAAGAUGUACAAGAAGGAGCAAGAAGACUGUGUUUAGCCUACCAGGAAUUCAUUGCAAGAACAGCAAUAAACUCCUAG